AUGGACGUUCACAUUUCUGAACUCUUUGUUCCACCCCAACUGAGUAUUUAUGACGGAACCACCGAUCCCGAGGAUCAUGUGCUGGCAUUCUCCACACGAAUGGCCUUCCGAACCGAGAAUCGUGUUAUAUGGUGUCGGGCUUUCUCUCUGUCGCUAGAGGGAGAGGCGUUAGAAUGGUUCAACUCGUUACCACCAAAUUCCAUUGAGAGCUUCAAAGGAUUGAAGGUCAUGUUCGGAAAGCAAUUUGCUAGUAGUCGCUCGCAAUACCCGACAGGGUUCAAACUGUCUAAUUUAAAGCAAGGAAAGGAGGAAAUGAUGAAAGCCUUCAUGGACCGUUAUCAGAAGAUGGUCAGGUGGGUGAAAGGAUUAAGUUCCGAACUCGCCCUCCAGUAUGUGAUGUCGGCGCUGAGGCCGGGACCUUUUAAGGACAACAUAUGCAGAAAGCGUCCAAAAACCAUGGAAGAGUUGAGGGAACGGGCAGGCGACGAGGUAAGGGUGGAGGAUAUGAAACAAGCAUACAAGAAAGAAGCUCAGGAAGCCAAGGAGAACGCAGAGGGUAAAAAAGCCGGAAGGGCCAUCCGAAAAGCCCAAAGGAUUCAAGCUAAGAGAAAUCCCUCGGGGACCCCGAUUCCAAACAUAACCUCAUCCUGCCCUUGA